CACAUUAGCGCCGGGGCCCUAAUUCUGCGCCCUGGUUCGGGUUUGUUUGGUGGUACUAUUUCCUUUUCCCUUUCCCCCUUUCCCUUUUCCAAUGGAUUCCUCCUCAGCUUGGCUUUGAGAAAGAGCAAGACAUCUGAUUCCAGCUCCACCUCCCCCUUCGCUUUUGGGGGCAGGGAGGGAGGGAUUGAUUUCACGGCAUUUUUUUUGUUUCUUCUCCUCCCGCAAUUUGGAGCGGCGGCGGCGGUGACAGUGGCGGUGGCGGUGGUUUCGAAUCUGGCGGACCUCAAAGGAACCCUAGCGUUCCUUCUCCAAUCCUCUUUUCUGUCCGUCUUGGCAGAUCGAUUCGAUUUCAAGUCGAAGAAGAAGAAGAGGAGGAGAGGGAUUCACCAUCUGACGAAGAUGCUCUGGAUUAUGCGCUUCUCUGGCUUCAUCUCCGCCGCAAUGGUCAUGAUUAUCCUCUCUCCUUCCUUGCAGUCUUUCCCUCCGGCGGAAGCCAUCCGAUCUUCUCACCUCGAUCCCUACCUCCGGUUCCCCGUGCCCUCCGAUUCGCACCGACGGUUCUCUUUCCGGAAGGCGCCGGUAUUCCGCAAUGCCGCUGAAUGUAGGUCCUCCGACCGGAGGGAAACCGGCGUCUGCGACCCUUCCUUGGUCCACGUCGCGAUUACUCUCGACGUCGAGUACCUCCGCGGCUCCAUGGCCGCGGUCCAUUCCAUCCUGCAGCACUCCAUGUGUCCCGAGAGCGUCUUCUUCCAUUUCCUGGUGUCGGAGACCGAUCUGGAAACCCUAGUGCGGUCGACGUUCCCCAAAUUGAAGUUCAAGGUGUAUUACUUCGAUCCGGAGAUCGUGCGGAGCCUGAUCUCGACGUCGGUGAGGCAGGCGCUGGAGCAGCCGCUCAAUUACGCGAGGAAUUACCUGGCCGAUCUGCUGGAGCCCUGCGUCCGCCGGGUCAUCUACCUCGACUCAGAUUUGGUGGUCGUCGACGACAUUGCCAAGCUGUGGACGACGAGCCUGGGCGCGAAGACGAUCGGCGCGCCGGAGUACUGCCACACAAACUUCAGCAAGUACUUCACGGCGAGGUUCUGGUCGGAGCGGCGGUACGCGGGGACGUUCGAGGGCAGGAAGCCGUGCUACUUCAACACGGGGGUGAUGGUGAUAGAUCUGGCGAAGUGGAGGCGGGUCGGGUACACGAAGCGGAUAGAGAGGUGGAUGGAGAUUCAGAGGAACGACAGAAUCUACGAGCUGGGGUCCCUGCCUCCGUUCUUGCUGGUGUUCGCCGGGCAAGUGGCCCCGAUCGAGCACCGGUGGAACCAGCACGGAUUGGGCGGCGACAACGUCCGGGGAAGCUGCCGGGAUCUCCACCCGGGUCCGGUCAGCCUCCUGCAUUGGUCCGGCAGCGGGAAGCCAUGGAGCAGGCUCGAUUCGCGGCGGCCGUGCCCACUGGAUGCGCUCUGGGCGCCAUACGACCUGUACGGACACUCACAUUGA